AUGUCGGAGAUCCGAAGCACAAAGAGGGACAUCCAGAUCUCCCGAGCCCUCUCGAAGUUGCUCCGCCACCGGGCGGCGGCACAGGGCCUUGCCAUCGACAGCAGCGGGUACGUAAGCGUCAGCGACGUGCUGCAGCACAACGACCUCAAGUGCAAGCACGCCACGGUGGAGGACCUCCGGCGGGUAGUCGAAACAAACGACAAGCAGCGGUUCCGGCUGGCGGAAAAGGGCGCCGACGGGGCCCUCUACAUCUGCGCACUACAGGGCCACAGCAUGGCCGCGGUGAACGCCGGGGCAGACUUGAAGCGCAUGGACCAGCGCCACGACGAGGACUGGCCACAGUACAUCGUCCACGGCACGUACAGAGACAAGCUGCCGCUGAUCAAACGGGCACAAGGUCUCUCGCGGAUGGGCCGAAACCACGUCCACUUCUCGUACACGCUUCCGGAGAAGUUCCAGAGACACCUUCCGCCGGCUAGCGAAGCCGCCUCCCCGAAGGCAGCAGAGUCGCACCGCGCAAUCAGCGGGAUGCGCUCGAGCUGUCAGGUGGCGCUGCUGCUCGACGUGGACCGCAUCAGGAACUCCGAGCUCGAAUUCUACAGAAGCGCCAACGGCGUCAUCCUCUCUGCCGGAGACAGUCGUGGGAUUGUCGACGCCAGGUACAUCGCUCAGAUCGUCGACUCCGAGCACGGCGUGCUCUCCUGGACCGACGUGCCGGAUUGCCGAGAAAGUAGCUAG